GCGAACGGCACGACAGCUUCCGGGUUGCUGAGGUCUGAUUGGCUGAGCGUUUAAAUCGCGCCCUUGUUGUUUAAGAGGAGCAGUUCCUGACUGAGGAGUAUGAAUGUUUAUUAUUAUUAUUUUUAGUGUGAUUUUACGUCAAAUCAGUAUGGAACAAAAUUCCGAGUCAAAAUCUGUCCUUUGCACUUUGCUGGAUAAAACCGACCAGUCCAAAUACGUGUUUUUUACUCAAAAGCGAUCAGCAGGAGACAUAAACAUAGGAUUUACCAAUGGUGAAGAUGUCUGGAAAACGCAUCUUUCAGAGGAGAUUCUGUCUCAGCUUUUUAAGAAAUUUUCAUUGAAGUCCACAGAGGAUUAUACCUUCAAACUCAAGUGUGCGUGUAAAGCUGGCCGAGCAUUUGUGAAGUUGCAGGAAGACGGUGCUGUGCUGCAUUUAGGAGCAGAGCCCACAGACCUCAGUCUGUCCCUGUCAAAACUCAAAGACUCAGAGGGAAGGACGGAAGUCAAGGAACUGCUUUUCAAAAUGGCUGACAGCUUGCAACAGCUAGAAAGUCAAGGUUCUUCAUCGUCAUUUAGUCCAGUCAAGAGUCCUCAGAAAAGGAGUGCUGAAUUUGAACCUAGGAAACCGCAUAAGGGUCCAGUUGUAGCAGUCAGAAGACGUCUUCCUGGAGAUUCUCUCAUCAACCCAGGAACAAAGAGAAAGAAACCUGCAACAGGCGUGGCCUUUGAUGAAGACGAUGAUUGAAGUCGACACAAGUUUGAACAUGAACUGUACCUUUUUAACCAACGUCACUAUACGUUUUUAAAAUGUAACGAAUAGAAAUCACUGUAUGAAUGAUUUUAAGUCAUCACGCAUCUGAUUAAGGUUUUAUUCCUUGACAUUACUAAAUGAUUUUUAUCCCUUU